GGGGGGGAGCGGUGUGAGAGCGGGGAGGCGGGGAAUCAGGCCGAGCGAGGCUGCUGCUGCUGCCUGGCAAUGGAGUGUGUGUGUGAGCGCGCAAGCUAGGGAGGUUGCGGUGGAGGAAAGAUACUUUCUCCAAUUUUUUAACCCCCUUUUGAAAUUGAGUGGAGGGAGCCGUGCUGCGACGGACAGGGUGGGAAGAAACCCCAAAACCUAACCCUAGCCUGGGUUCGGCGGCAGGGACUCCUUUCUUAGGCGGAGGGAUCUCUGUGGCGGAGGUGGCGGGCGGGUUGCUGCCGCUGCCGCCGCCGCCGCCGCUGCCUGUGAGUUGUUGUUUCCUCCUCCUCCUCCUCCGCCGCCGCCUCCUCCUCCGCCGCUGUUGGUUGAAUGGUGGAGCCGAGGCUCUGGCUGGGGAACACACAGUGACAGCUACAGGGCAGGCAGGCAGGCGGCGGCGCCGUCCCCGCUUCCCGUCCUCGGCGGGGGAACCCCGCCAGUGGCCCCUAAGUGACCAAUAAACAUGUCUUGUGAGAGCAAAGGCCUCUCGGAGCUGCGAUCGGAGCUCUACUUCCUUAUCGCCCGGUUCCUGGAAGAUGGACCCUGUCAGCAGGCGGCUCAGGUGCUGAUUCGAGAAGUGGCCGAGAAGGAGCUGUUACCCCGACGAACUGACUGGACGGGGAAAGAGCAUCCCAGGACCUACCAGAAUCUGGUGAAGUAUUACAGACAUUUGGCACCUGAUCACUUGCUGCAAAUAUGCCAUCGACUAGGACCACUUCUAGAGCAAGAAAUUCCUCAAAGUGUCCCUGGAGUGCAAACACUAUUAGGAGCUGGAAGACAGUCAUUGCUUCGCACAAAUAAAAGCUGCAAGCAUGUUGUGUGGAAAGGAUCUGCUCUUGCUGCUUUACAUUGUGGAAGACCUCCUGAGUCUCCAGUCAACUAUGGCAGUCCUCCCAGUAUAGCGGAUACUUUGUUUUCAAGGAGACUGAAUGGGAAGUACAGACUUGAGCGACUUGUACCCACUGCAGUGUAUCAGCACAUGAAAAUGCACAAAAGAAUUCUUGGACAUUUAUCUUCUGUAUACUGUGUAACUUUUGAUCGAACCGGGAGGAGAAUAUUUACUGGUUCUGAUGAUUGCCUUGUAAAAAUCUGGGCAACAGAUGAUGGAAGAUUGUUGGCUACUUUAAGAGGCCAUGCAGCUGAGAUAUCAGAUAUGGCUGUGAACUAUGAAAACACCAUGAUAGCUGCUGGAAGUUGUGAUAAAAUGAUUCGAGUGUGGUGUCUACGAACAUGUGCUCCUUUGGCAGUUCUUCAGGGUCACAGUGCAUCCAUAACAUCACUACAGUUUUCUCCAUUAUGCAGUGGCUCAAAGAGAUAUCUCUCUUCUACAGGGGCAGAUGGCACAAUAUGUUUUUGGCUAUGGGAUGCUGGAACCCUUAAAAUAAAUCAAAGACCCACAAAAUUUACAGAACGUCCUCGACCUGGAGUCCAAAUGAUCUGUUCUUCUUUUAGUGCUGGUGGAAUGUUUCUGGCCACAGGAAGUACCGAUCAUAUUAUUAGAGUUUAUUUUUUUGGAUCAGGUCAGCCAGAGAAAAUAUCAGAACUGGAGUUUCAUACUGACAAGGUUGAUAGCAUCCAGUUUUCAAACACCAGUAGCAGGUUUGUAAGCGGGAGUCGUGAUGGAACAGCCCGAAUUUGGCAGUUUAAGAGGAAAGAAUGGAAGAGUAUUUUGUUAGAUAUGGCUACUCGUCCAGCUGGACAAAACCUGCAAGGGGUAGAAGACAAAAUCACAAAACUGAAAGUAACUAUGGUAGCAUGGGACCGUCAUGACAAUACUGUUAUAACUGCUGUUAAUAAUAUGACCUUGAAAGUCUGGAAUUCUUAUACUGGUCAACUUAUUCAUGUACUCAUGGGCCAUGAAGAUGAAGUAUUUGUUCUUGAACCACACCCAUUCGAUCCCAGAGUUCUUUUUUCUGCUGGCCAUGAUGGAAAUGUGAUAGUGUGGGACCUUGCUAGAGGAGUCAAAAUUCGUUCUUAUUUCAACAUGAUUGAAGGCCAAGGACAUGGAGCAGUAUUUGACUGCAAAUGCUCUCCUGAUGGUCAGCAUUUUGCAUGUACAGACUCCCAUGGGCAUCUUUUAAUUUUUGGCUUUGGCUCCAGUAGCAAGUAUGACAAGAUAGCCGAUCAGAUGUUCUUUCAUAGUGAUUAUCGGCCUCUAAUCCGUGAUGCCAACAACUUCGUGUUAGAUGAGCAAACUCAGCAAGCACCCCAUCUCAUGCCUCCCCCAUUUUUAGUUGAUGUUGAUGGUAACCCCCAUCCAUCAAGAUAUCAGAGAUUAGUGCCUGGUCGUGAAAACUGCAGGGAUGAACAGCUUAUUCCUCAGAUGGGAGUAACAUCCUCAGGACUAAAUCAAGUUUUGAGUCAGCAAGCAAACCAGGAAGUCAGUCCUUUGGACAGCAUGAUUCAGAGGCUUCAGCAAGAGCAAGAUCUAAGACGCUCUAGUGAAGCUGGUACCAGUAACAAUAGCCGUUUAGGCAGAGCCUCUGUAAGCUCUACCUCAGAAGUUCAUUCACCACCAAAUAUAGGCCUGAGGCGAAGUGGACAAAUUGAAGGUGUAAGGCAAAUGCAUAGCAACGCACCAAGAAGCGAGAUAGCUACAGAACGGGAUCUUGUGGCCUGGAGUCGAAGGGUUGUAGUACCUGAACUGUCAGUUGGGGUUGCCAGUAGGCAAGAAGAAUGGAGAACUGCAAAAGGAGAAGAAGAAAUAAAAAUAUACAGGUCAGAAGAGAAAAGAAAACACUUUACAAUUCCAAGAGAGAAUAAAAUACCCACUCUGUCAAAGAAUCAUGCUCAUGAUUAUUUACUCGACCCUGGAGACCCAAGAAAGCAACAGACUAAUCAGCAUAACUACCGUACGAGAUCUGCCUUGGAAGAAACUGCAAGACCCUCAGAAGAGUUAGAAAAUGGCAAUAGUUCUUCAGAUGAAGGUGAAAUAGUUGCUGUCAGUGGUGGAACAUCAGAAGAUGAAGAGAGAGCAUGGCACAGUGAUGGCAGUUCAAGUGAUUAUUCUAGUGAUUAUUCUGAUUGGACAGCUGAUGCAGGAAUUAACCUGCAGCCACCAAAGAAAGUUCCUAAACAUAAACUAAAGAAAGCAGAAAGCAGUUCAGAGGAUGAAGAAGAAUCUGAAAAACAGAAGCAAAAGCAAAUUAAAAAAGAAAGGAAGAAAGGAAAUGAAGAAAAAGAUGGACCAACAUCACCAAAGAAAAAGAAGCCCAAAGAGAGGAAGCAAAAGAGAUUGGCUGUUGGAGAAUUGACUGAAAAUGGUUUAACGUUAGAAGAAUGGUUGCCUUCAGUAUGGAUUACAGAUACUGUUCCUCGCAGAUGUCCAUUUGUACCGCAAAUGGGAGAUGAGGUUUACUAUUUCCGACAAGGACAUGAAGCAUAUGUUGAAAUGGCCCGAAAAAAUAAAAUAUAUAGCAUUAAUCCAAAAAAACAGCCAUGGCAUAAAAUGGAAUUGAGGGAGCAAGAAUUAAUGAAAAUAGUUGGCAUAAAAUAUGAAGUGGGUUUGCCUACACUGUGCUGCCUUAAACUUGCUUUUCUGGAUCCUGAUACUGGUAAACUAACUGGAGGAGCCUUUACAAUGAAGUACCAUGAUAUGCCAGAUGUUAUAGAUUUUCUAGUCUUGCGGCAACAAUUUGAUGAUGCAAAAUAUAGACGAUGGAAUAUAGGUGACCGUUUCAGGUCAGUCAUAGAUGAUGCUUGGUGGUUUGGAACUAUUGAAAGCCAGGAGCCUCUUCAGCCCGAAUAUCCUGACAGUUUAUUUCAGUGUUACAAUGUCUGCUGGGAUAAUGGAGACACGGAAAAGAUGAGUCCUUGGGAUAUGGAACUUAUUCCUAAUAAUGCUGUAUUUCCUGAAGAGCUAGGAACAAGUGUUCCUUUAACCGAUGUUGAAUGUAGAACAUUGAUCUAUAAACCUCUGGAUGGAGAAUGGGGUUCUAAUCCCAGGGAUGAGGAAUGUGAACGAAUUAUCACAGGAAUAAACCAGCUCAUGACACUAGAUAUUGCUUCUGCAUUUGUGGCCCCUGUGGAUCUACAAGCAUAUCCCAUGUAUUGCACUGUAGUAGCAUAUCCUACUGAUCUCAGUACAAUUAAACAAAGACUGGAAAGCAGGUUUUACAGGCGGGUUUCAUCACUGAUGUGGGAAGUUCGAUAUAUAGAACAUAAUACACGUACCUUUAAUGAGCCUGGAAGCCCUAUUGUGAAAUCUGCCAAAUUUGUCACUGAUCUUCUUCUACACUUUAUAAAAGAUCAGACUUGCUAUAACAUAAUUCCACUCUACAAUACAAUGAAGAAGAAAGUCCUGUCUGAUUCAGAGGAAGAAGAGAAAGAUGCUGAUAUGCCAGGAACUUCUACCCGUAAAAGGAAGGACCACCAGCCCAGAAGACGUUUACGCAAUAGAGCUCAGUCAUAUGAUACCCAGGCCUGGAGGAAUCAGUGCCAAGAAUUAUUAAACCUCAUAUUUCAGUGUGAAGAUUCUGAACCAUUCCGCCAGCCAGUGGAUCUCCUUGAAUAUCCAGAUUACAGAGACAUUAUUGAUACUCCAAUGGAUUUUGCUACAGUUAGGGAAACUUUGGAAGCUGGGAAUUACGAGUCACCAAUGGAAUUGUGUAAAGAUGUAAGACUUAUUUUCAGCAAUUCCAAAGCUUACACACCAAGCAAGAGAUCAAGGAUUUAUAGUAUGAGUUUGCGUCUGUCUGCUUUCUUUGAGGAACACAUUAGUUCAGUUUUAUCAGAUUAUAAAUCUGCUCUUCGUUUCCAUAAAAGAAAUACAAUAACCAAAAAGAGGAAGAAAAGAAACAGGAGCAGCUCUAUUUCCAGUAGCACUGCAUCAAGCCCUGAAAGGAAAAAAAGGUUAUUAAAACCUCUCCUGAAGGCAGAUAUUUCUACCUCUCCAUUUUCUACAUCUUCAAGAACAAUAGCCCCAAGACACAAUACUGCUCAGAUGAAUGGAAAAAGUAUUGAGUCCAAUUCUGUGGUACGAACUAGAAGCAACAGAGGACUUACUGACCUGACUAUAACUGAGCAACCAUCUACUUCUUCAGGAAGCAAACCUUCAAUUUCAAAACCUAAUGUUUCUGUGAUACCUGGGAAAACAAUACUGGAGAAUUCUGCAAAACAUUCCAAAAAUGUAAAUACUCUUUCAAGCCCUACUCAAUCUAAUUUUAGUCACAGCACUAGGAAUAACUCUGCAAGGGAAAAUAUGGAAAAGGAAAAGCCAGUCAAACGUAAAAUGAAAUCAUCCACUCUUACCAAGUCACCCACUCCAGUUCAGCAAGCAGAUUGCAAGAAUAAUGCUUUGGCAUCAGGAAGCAUCCAAGUAAAUGGGCAUGGAGGUCAGCCAUCAAAACUUGUUGUAAAGAGAGGCCCUGGAAGGAAACCUAAGGUAGAGGUGAAUAUAAGCAGCAAUGAAGUUGUGCACAAGAAAAGAGGCAGAAAGCCGAAAAAACUACAGUGUAUGAAACAGGAAAAUUCAGAGCAAAACAUAGUACAAACCAUCAGAGAUGUGACUAAUGAUGAAGUAACUACAGCUUCUUCAGCAUGCAGUUUUCUUUCUGAAACUAAUGUUGUAAAAGAAGAUUUGUUGCAAAAAAAGGGCCGUGGGGGCAGAAAGCCCAAAAGAAAGACAAAGGCACAGAAGCCAGAGUCAGACCUUAUGGUUCCUUCAAGUGUUAAGAUUCUAAGAAGAAGUAGUAGAAAAAAGACAGAUGAACCUAUGGAUGAGGAUGAAGGGUCUGAGGAACUGAAGGGCUCUGAGCCUCACAUGAGAACUAGAAACCAGGGUCGAAGGACAGCGUUUUACAAUGAAGAUGACUCUGAAGAAGAACAAAGGCAGCUAUUAUUUGAAGACACCUCUUUGACUUUUGGAACAUCUAGCAGAGGACGAGUCCGAAAGUUGACUGAAAAAGCAAAAGCUAAUUUAAUUGGUUGGUAACAUGUAUCAAAACAUUUUACUUUAAAUGAUAUAAAGCAGGUACAGUUAAGGAAUAAGUAGAACCAAGUCUUCUUCCUUGCUGCUAUUAUGGAUUAGAGAAUGUUAUAAUUUGAAAGAAUUUGCAAAAAAAAAAAAAAAAGGAAAAAGGAAAAGGAAAAAAAGGAAACUUAAAGAACACUUCUUUAAAGAAAUAUAUAUUUUAAAUGUUUGCUAUUUAUUGCCCUCAAAUAGGUUAUACAUUUCAACAGUCAUUUUAUUCACAAUUCAGAGGGUAGAGGGGGAGCAAUUCCUUGUUUAUUUAUGAAAGAGAAAGAUCUGCUUGCACUGUGGAGGUGCACCAUAUUCCUAGUGACAUAACUUUUCAUGCUACAAUGUAUGUUUAUUUUUGACCAAGCAAGGUACAUUUCUAUUGAUUAUAGAAGUCUUGUCUCCUAGGAAGACAGAAUGUUGCAAAGAGUGGCAGUAAAUUAAGAAUUGUGUUUCCAGUAAAGAUACAUAUAAAAUUACCAAACUUUGCUUAUUUUUAAUUUAAGUAAUGAUGGAAAAUUCAUCUACAAAAGCUUAGAACAGGCUUUUUGCUUCAUCCCAUUUCUGCCAAACCUAGAAAAAAAAAGUUCUUGUAAAAAAAAUAUAUAUAUAUAUAUAUCCACAUUGGAAAAAGUUUUGACUGGUGUCUAAUUUUUCAGACCUUGAUUCUUGUAUCAAUCACUAAAUCUCUGUUUAUUGUGCCAAAGACUGAGCAUCAGUGCAGCAGGAAGCCUAUUUUUGACUCUCCAUACAGCAUACAAUUUUCAACAAUGAAAAAGGCUGUAUAUCAUUCUGAUUAGCAAGUUACUUAAAAUUGUGCUAAGAUUUAUCCUUUUGGUACUUCAAAAUAAUGCACUGGUGGGAGUCCUUUGACAGAGAUGUUUUAGACAAAAUAAGUGGUUAAAGGAUUCAAGGAAGUUACAGGAAAGGUAUGGGAUUUGCUGUUUACUUGAUCUGGAUUAAUAUUUCUACAACUUUAGACAUUUACUAGGCUAAAAUGACUUACAAAGAAAUGUGUGUGUGUAUGUGUAUAUAUUGAUAGAUGGACAUAUAAAAAUAUAUAUACAAACACAUGCGUAUACAAUAUUACCCAGGUAAAAUUCUUUUCAGGAUUUUUUAAAUAGCACUAGAAUAAAAAUAAUUUCAAAAUGUCAUACUUUAUAGUUUAAUUUUAAGAGGAAGAUUGGUUAUUUUCAAUUAUAAAGGUUAAAAUAGGCCAAAUCACUUUUUAUGCAAUCAUGUUUUAUACAGUGGUCUCAUUGCACAUUGUGUUUUUUCUGCACUUUUUACGGCAUCCUUAUCACGCUGAUAAAGUCAAUAUACACCCUAAAGAAAAAUUCCAUUUAAUGAUUGUGCCUUGUAUUCUAUUUUUUUUUUUUUGCAUCUUUAGUAAAAUUAAGUUGUCUAUUGUAAAUGAUAACUAUAUGACUUAGGGGAAUGUAUUGCUAUAUGUACUGCUAUGGAAAAGGAAAGCAGUUAUUUAUUUGUUUAUGGUACAUUUAGUUAUUUUAUACCUUAAAAACCAACUUAAAAUAUCGUUUCUGUUCAAAAAAAAUGUUGUCCAUUACAAGAAAAAUUUAAAGGAUGUAGUAUUUUCUGAGGACUGGUAUGGUACAAAAAUGUAACCAAAAUUUUCAGAUACUACAUUUUUGAAAUGGGAUUAGGAAACAAUGUAUUAUCAUAACCCAGCUGUAGAAGAAUAAAGGUCUUUAAAUUGAAUGUUGCCAAAUUAAAUUGCAUAGUAAUUUUUAUACAUUCUGGUAAUGUUAAAUAUUAGCUAUCAUUUAAUUGUUCUGAAGAAAAAUGGUAGUUGAUACAUUUGUACUUUUUAGGUUAAGUUUAUGCUUAGAUUUGUGCAAAAAUCCUCAUGUAAAAUUAAGUAAACCAUUUUCCAAAUUUUGACUGGGUUGCUAUGAUUUUACAUUUUGGGGAAAAAACUAAUUUGAAAACUUUGCAGGUUUCUUUGUAUAUUUAUUUUUUUCUAACGGUUAUUUAACUAUUCAGUUACAGUUCAGUGGCUAAACCAUUCAUAAUGCAGAAGGUGGAAGGCUUGCUUGGUUGUACAGUAAAAUGCAGUCUUUCAGUUAUACUAUUAAAAAUAAUGAAGUGUGUGUUUGACCUUUAACAAUGAUUAAUUUAAAAGAUCUCAUUGCUUUUGAAGGCAAUCAAUAUCAGAUAUGUAAUUUCCUGAUGUUAUCUGCAUUGUGUUAAAAACAAUAGCAUUCAUCU